AUGAACUCCGUGCAGCUUCAUUUACCCUCCCGCCCCCCUCCCUGUCGCCGCUCACACAGCCCCUCAAACGGUGACAAGAUUGAAUAUCCGAAAUUCUUGGAUUUCAGCAAGGUGCAGAAGCCUCGACAUCACUGGGAUGGAUCUCAGAGAGAAAUUGUUUGUGUUGCCAGACGUUUCUACUCCCUGACUCUGAAGCAAGAGACUUCAAUUUUUAAUUACAUGUUUGCAUCGGAUCUUCAAAAAGAAGGAUUCCUCAGUGGCCUGCCUGUCACUACCCUCAACUCACAGUGUCAUGACAUGGUUCGAAACAAACACCCCAUAUGGGUUUCGGUUAACUCAUCACCACAUUCUCAUGGUGGUGAUGAUGAGUACAGGGAAGCCCGUCGCUUGAUUGAGAUGGUUUGUAUAGAGUUGGGUAUUGAAAUCAGCAAAAAGCCAAAUACAUACCCACAGGUCAAAGGAUGCCAGCUCCUGAAGUCAUUUUUCAAUAUCCCUGAUGCCAAAAAGGCCGAUGAAUUGAUGCUUGAACAGACACUUGAAACUGAAACUGAAGCUGAACUCGACACUGAACCGCAACAUGAAAGAACCCCUAGUACCAACCUGAACUCGAGACGACGCACUCUGCAUAAAAAACCAUUCAAAGGAGAGAAGCCCAGGAUCGUAUACCGAUUUCACAAUGCACAGAGUAGGGGGAUUAACAGUCCUAGUAUACGUGCUGCAGUCUGGGCCACUGGUCCAUCUCAUAUUCAGCAUCCAUCUCUCCUUGACCAGCGCAUUCUUGCAAAUCUGGCGAAGUCCCACCUUUCAAAAUAUACCAUACCAUCUCCAUUUAUUUCAACAUAUGCGAUCCUCCUGCCAACAAUUCAUAGAAUGUUGACCAAAAGCAACUGUUCAAUGGUCUCAAUUAUAGAUGCAUCAAAACUCAAUCAGCAAAUACUAUUUUCUGCCCAGGAGCUAUUAGAAAAGGAUCCUCUCAGCCCUGAAAUCACCAAAGUGGGGUAUUUUGGGUGGCAGGAGUGGUUAGUAUGGGGGAGCAUUUCCGAAGAGGCAAUUGUCUGCACUAUCUCUCAUUUACAGCUUCUGAACAUUGUUGACUUGAAUCCUGACAUUGAGUCUGUGCUUCAAACCCAAACAAUCAAGCUUUAUGUUCAUAACCGCCUUCCACUUAAAACAAAACUCAGAGCUUGCCAGACAAAAGUCGAUGCGCCACAUGGCAAGGUAAUUGGGAAAUUUCUCAGAAUGGUCAACCUUCCCCUGGAAUAUAUUGAAGAUGUUGCACUCGGAAUCACCCGCGGCUGGCUCUUUACCCGCAGCCACACGAAUACGAACGAUGAGUUUCUAGGUGGAGUACGUCAGGGAUAUACGGAGUAUUCGGCUUAUGUGACACCUCCAAUUACACCUCAGAAGCCAGAAAAGCAGCCCGAAAUAAUUGUGAUCGAUGAUGAGCUCAGCAAGGGAGGGGUGACGCUGGACAGAUUUCAGGAGGAACUGAGACGAACCGCAGAGACAGAACCCGAAUCCGAAUCCGAAACACCUGAGGGACAUCAUUCCGAGAGGGGUUACCAAUGGGAAACCGUGGAUGUUGAGAUGAAUGAGGGGAAUGAGAACUUUACGAGAGUAUUCGAACUGGACCGGGAGAGAGUUAAUCGAGUGAUGGGAUGGGAGAACGAGUAG